AUGGCCGCAGGUGGUGCUUCUCUUCUUGCUGCUGCUGUUGUUAUUGUUUUCUCCAUGCUGAUCACGUCCUCCCUGGGGGGCCCGAGGCCUUUAUGCAGCUACUGCGAGACUCAAUGCCGUACCAGCUGUGAGGCAGAGGCUAAAACACGCUGCAGUGGUUACUGCAGCCGUGGUGGCGGAGCUCGAGGGGGCUGCACGAAAUACGUCCUUGAUGAGUGCAACGUAAAGGGUACCUGCUGCAGUAGCAACGGCACAUGCACUUGCGACUGCAACGCUGUGGCUGAAAGGGGUUGCAUGCACUUCAGCGACGGCACCCUACAAUGUGGACCUUGCACGCGCAGCAUAUUCGACCAGGGCUAUCCCACCUGCAAAAAGGACUGCAACAACAACUGCAAGAAGAAAGGGUGCCGCCAUGCCUAG